UGCCCGCAGAGCUCUGCAUUUCCUGUUUGUAUUUCCACGGAGAGCAGCUGUCUGUUUUCCAGCCCACUUUGGAUGGAGAUGCCUGCCCAGAGGUUUAUUUCGAACAGAACAUCUCAGCAACCUGCUUCUCGAAGUUCUGAUUACACCUGGGAAUAUGAAUAUUAUGAGAUUGGACCAGUUUCCUUUGAAGGACUAAAAGCUCAUAAAUAUUCCAUUGUGAUUGGAUUUUGGGUUGGUCUUGCAGUCUUUGUGAUUUUCAUGUUCUUUGUGCUGACCUUACUAACCAAGACAGGAGCUCCUCAUCAAGACAAUGCAGACUCUUCUGAGAAGAAGUUCCAGAUGAACAGCUUUGUGUCAGACUUUGGAAAACAGCGGGAGACAGAUAAGGUAUUUUUUCGUCAUGGUACUGAGGAGUCGAGGUUUCUCUUUCACUGCUAUAUCAAUGAAGUAGAACACAUGGAUAGGGCAAAGACUGGUCAACAGACCACAGCCCUUGACACAGAUGUGCAACUUCAGGAAACCAUCAGAAGCAGCAGGAGACCAGAAGAGGAACUGAACAGGUUUAUGAAGUUUGAUAUCCCCAACUUCGUGAACACGGAUCAAAAUUCUUUUGGGGAAGAUGAUCUUUUGAUUUCAGAACCACCAAUUGUUUUGGAAGAUAAACCAGUUGUCCAGACUUCAAACAAAGAUCUGGUUUAAGAAAUAG